AUGAAACCGACUGAAACUUUGCACAAGUUGCCAGGGAUUAUAGCAAGAGAUGCCAGAUCUAAAAUCAGUGGGCGGAUUGUGGGUGGUGAUGACGCUACCGACGGCUUAGCUCCAUAUCAAAUCUCACUUCAAACCGACUUGUUAGGAAAUAAUCUUCAUAUAUGCGGAGGAUCCAUUAUAAGUGACCAGUGGAUUGUAACCGCGGCGCAUUGUAUUGACGAAGUUCCCACUGAAAAUUUGACAAUAGUCGUAGGAACGAAUUCACUUUCUAAUGAUGGUCAACGUUACGAACUUCAAAAGUGCAUCUCACAUGAAAACUUCUCAAGGGAAACCGUGAAAAAUGAUAUAGGCAUAUGUAAAGUGUCUACGAACAUUACUUAUGGAGAGAAAAUUCAACCAAUAAAAUUGCCUUCGAGCGAUGUCGAAGCUGGAAAAAAAGCUUUGCUCACGGGAUGGGGGUAUACUAAUUUCAAAGCCAGGAGAGCUCCUGAUAAUCUCCAAAAAGCGAUACUAACAACUCAAACUCUGAAGCAAUGCAAUCGAAACUUGAGAGCUUUCAAAACGAUCCUACCGAUUGGUGAAAAGCAAGUCUGCGCAUACGCUGGCAGAGGAACAGGAGGAUGCCCAGGCGACUCGGGAGGUCCAUUGGCAAUUAACGGAACAUUAAUAGGAGUGGUUUCGUUUGGAGUACCGUGUGGUAAAGGUUAUGAUGAUGUAUUCACAAAAGUAUACGCUUACGUAGACUGGAUACGUGGGAAAAUGUGA